AUGAAGGAUGGAGGCGUGUUUGAAGUUUAUCACUUGAACGUGUUGUUUGUGUGUGAUGUUUCGCUAGACAUAACACCCCUGUAUUUUUCUAUUCGAAAGGUACGACACAGACUUCUAGACAUGUUUUGCGGUUAUCAAGAAGGGGAUUUUCUGUUGCCUAAAGGCGGAGCAAAGCUAGCCUCUCUCUUUGAUCUGGAUCAGGCUGCCAGUCAGGGCAACGAGUCCUUCCAGUUCAGAGCCCCCAAACAACCGAAGAAAACCCCCACCGCUCUGAGCCCAUCUCCUCAAAAGCCUGCAUCAACUCCUUCUGUCCUUUUGGCUACUGCUGUUCAUGCAUUCCGCUUUGUGAAUGGCCAGUACACAAAACAGGGGAAGGUGGGUGCUGCUAUCCUGGGAAAUCAUCCAACCAGAGAGUACAUGAUCCUGCUUUAUGGAAGCCAACAGAAACCAAUCACAACUGCCAAGAUCCAUCUAGGAUUCAUCUUCACAGUUCAGCCAGGUAACUAUGGAACAUUCUACGAUGACCUGAGGCACAACUGGUCCCUGAUGUUUGACUCUGAGAAAGCUGGAGUGGACUUUUGCAAAGAGCUGUGUGUGGCCAGAUGGAACAGUGAGACCACUGUAGAUACACUACUGACCCAGGACCUGCUGUUAGGAGAGGGACAGGCGGUGGACUAUGGUGACACGGUAGAGGUGGCCUUCACAGGCUGGCUUCUACAGAAUCACAACAUCGGACAGAUGUUUGACUCCAACGUGGGCAAAGACAAGCUGCUGAGAGUGAAACUUGGCACCGGUAAAGCCAUUAAGGGAUUGGAGGACGGGAUGGUAGGGAUGCAGAAAACUGGGCGUCGCCUCCAUAUUGUGCCCCCCACCCUAAGCUAUGGGUCAAAGGGUAUCCCCAACCGCGUCCCCUCCUCCAGCACACUGGUCUACAAUGUGGAGAUCCGCCGGGUGAAGUUUGCUAAGGACAGUGGGUCGGAGCGACAGAAUGGGGGAUUAACCACCAACUCCCCCUCCCCAAGUGUGGACAGUCUGGGCUUUGGGAUGUCCCCUCAGUCUCAGCCCCCCACCUCUAUCCCAGCAGAGCCCAGGGGAAAGCCUCUGAAUGUGAAACCCAAUUCAAUAAAUGAGCAACUGAUGCAGCCGGAUACAGCCAAAGCCAAGUUGAUCUCUCAUAUGGCCAAGAUGGGUCAGCCCAUGCUGCCCUUCCCAACAGGAGCCAUCUCCGCCCAGCCAGACCACAGUGACUCCAAGACAGAGGACCCAAGUGAAUCUCACCCUUCACAUCACUGUCUGCUCCCCCAGCCAGUCCAGAUGUCAGCUGCACCCCCUAUCCAUGCAGUGCCUGAGGUCGUUGUGCCAACUGCUGCCCAGCAACCAGUGUUUAUGGAGACAGUGGUCCCACAGGCUGUGGACUGUGGUGGAAGCAGUCAUGCCUUCCAGCCAUACCCAUCCUUUCAGUCUGCCUUUGGUCCGUCCUACCUUGGUCAGUUCCACCCUCAUCAUGCAGUUUCAUACCAGGCACCUAGUGACGUCACUUCCUUGUUGAUGACGGAGGUGCGACAGCACAACACUGAGAUCGGACAGGCUGUGGGGAAAGUGGCAGAUAAAAUCAAUCUGUUGGUCUCCAAGGUGGAUGAGCUCCAGGAGCAUGGUGGCGGCAACUCUCUGGGUCUGUCCUCGGUGUCCAUGGAAACAGGCAUGAUCCUGCACAACAUCCAGAGAAUCACCCAGGAGAACUUGUUUCUAAAGGAGGUGGUUCUGGAGAAGAGCACCCGAGUGGAGGAGCAGAACUGGAAGAUCAGAGAACUCCUCGAGCAGAACCAGAGGUGUAUGGAGCAGAGUGGUUUACUGUUGGAACAGAGGAAAGACGUGCUGAAGACCAGCAACCAACAGGACCAGACCAGCCUGCUGGAGGCAGAGCAGGACAAGCCGCACCUGACAGAGUACCUAGCCGCCUACUCCACCCUGGUCUCCAAGCUUCGGCUGGAGUCCUCCUCUCUGCAGCGCUCUGUCUCCGACCUGCAGACACAGCUCAGCCAAGCCCUGCAAGACAUGGAGAGCCACUGUACUCAGUUCAGCUCAUUAGAGAGACUAGUAGAAGGGCUAAGGAAGGGAGAGGGGAGGACGCAGGCCCAGUGGCGUACAGAGAAACUGAAACGUAAAGAGAUGCAGCUGAGAAUCGCCAACACGGAGGAGGUGCUACAGGACCUGAGGGCUGGGAAAGGCAACCUGGACAAGAUGCUGUCGGAGAGGAAGAGGAGGUGGCAGUGUGAGCAUCAGCGUCUGUCUGAGGAGGUGGAGGAGGCGAGGAGGAGCAGCCAGAGGGAAACUGACAACCUGAGGGCCAGGAGAGGAGAAGUAGAGCAGGGGGAACAGGUGGUGCUGGAUGUGGACUGGCAGCAGGGUGGGUAUGAGAAGGAACUACAUAGCCGUGAGCUAGAAGAAAUCACACAGCAGAGAGACAUUCUGGCCAGGACACUGUCAGAACUACAGGAACAGUAUAUGGCAGCACAGAGCAGGGCAGAGACCACCAGGAAGCAGCUAGAAAUGCUAUUGGUUGAGCAGAAGAGGCAUGCCCAGCAGCCCAAUCAGGAUGCAAUGGCAGAACAGGUGAAGAGAGUGAUGAACGGAGUGUUCCAUUCUCUGAGAGAGGAGUUCGGCCUGCACCAGUCAUACCAAGGAAGCGAUGUUCUAGGAGUCAUGCUAAGCACCAUCAAGAGUGUCACCCUGGAUCUGCUAACAGCUCACAAUCCAGAGGAAGAAGAAAAGGUGGAAGAGGAGAAAUGGACAAAAGUUGUGGAGCAAAAUAGGAGGGAUGAUGAUGAUAACAAGAUGAAUCGAUCAAUACAAGAAAAAGAGGACAGUGGAGUUACUCAGACAGCCUGGACCUCUAUUGUUAGGUCCUUGUGGUCUGAGGUUCAAGUGGAGGAAGAGUCCAUCAAUUCAGAAGGCCUAGAAAACAAAGCUGAAGACACACCAAGUACAUCCAGAGAAGAAACUUCUAAGGCUUGGACUGGCUCAGAGAAUGGCCUAACGCCAUCAUCUCUCGUGGUUCUUACAGCCUCUCGCAGUCCAAAUUGACCAAUCAAAGCAGACGGAAGUUGUACCUCCCCCACCAUUGUAAAAAAUAUUUUGGAAGCUAUACAUUUUUUACAUUUUACAUACUGAGACAAGGAUAUCCCUACCGGCCAAACCCUCCCUAACCCGGACGACGCUAUGCCAAUUGUGCGUCGCCCCCGGACCUCCCUGGAUAAGAGCGUCUGCUAAAUGACUAAAAUGUAAAUGUAAUACAAAUGCAUUUAUUAAUGGCCACAUUCGUUUUAUGCCAUGUUUACUUUUUUUAUUUUUUUUUAAACAAUUUUAUUUAACUAGGCACGUCAGUUAAGAACAAAUUCUUAUUUACAAUGACGGCCUACCCUGGGCAAAUUGGGACUCUCAAUCACGGCCGGUUGUGAUACAGCCUGGAAUCGAACCAGGGUCUGUAAUGAUGCCUCUAGCACUGAGAUGCAGUGCCUUAGACUGCUGUGCCACUCGGGAGCCCCUAUUACAAACACCUUGUUUGAGUUAACACUAUUAACUUUUGAAAUUGAGAUUUUCUUGGACAGUAUAACAUUCAGUAUAUUUAUGUUCAGGGCAGCUACAAAAUAUUUGUUUUAAAACACAUCCCUACAACUUCAUAAAACAUGUGUUUUUUGUCUUGUAGUUCAGGAAUUCAUGUCUGAAUUAAAUGAUCAAAACGAA